UCAGUUCCUUGUAUUUUAUAUGUAUUAAUGGAUUAUUUACAUUUUUAAGUCAGAGAUUUGUCAUCAGAGUUUGCAAAGGUAAACUGUCAUGAGAAAUAUGAUUAUUCUAGGCAUUUGGCUCAGUUAAAAAGAAAAAAAGGUUUAGUGGUUCAUGGACUUCAGCAGUAUGUGCUUUUCAGCCAACUGUGCUUAGCCUCUGAAUCGUUAUAAAGAAUGAUAACCUUUGCAGAACUUUGUAGACUCUCACAAUGACAUUGGCUUUUUUUACAACAGUAGAUAUUCAGUGAAAAUAACUGAUAACCAUUUACUUAUAACUCCUUGUCUUAUUUUAUUCCUUAACCCAAGUUCUCCUCAUAUCUGGGAUCACAUGUCAGAUGCUUUGGCUGACAUGCCAGAGGCACUGAUAUGCCUAACUGCAUGUGUUGCAAAAGCAGGGGAGCAGGCACCAUGCAAGAUCCCAGCACAUGUUCCAUAAACAUAUUCUCAUGGGUUGCGAUUAGUCAGACCAGACACUAGAAGGGUGGAACAGAGAGCCCACUGAGGCCGUCAGAUCAGCCCUGAUGAUGCCAUUAGGUAGCCAGGUGCCAGUCUUGAUGUUGAAGUAUGUUGUCACGGGCAGGCAUCAACGGUCACGCUCGCAGAGCCCGUCAGUCAACGGAUCUCCUUCCCACCGCGCCUAUCCCAUCACGUCUCCCACAUCAAGAUGGCUCGACAGACAGCAGUUCAAGAAGGUGAUUCAGGACAACAUUGUCUUGAUAUCGAGGGCCCUCCGGCACCAGUUUGUCAUCCCAGAGUGGCUUGACUUCAUCUCGCACAUCGAAGAGUUCUACUGGUCCGUCAAGGGGCUGACAGGAGGAAAGACAUUAGAUUCGUCCUACGUCAGCCACCAACAUUCCCAUAAUAAAGCCAUUAUGACAGACUCCCGCUGGCUAAGAGGCACAAGACAAGGGGACGGAGGUGUGGAGUCCCCCACUAUUCUCAAAGGCCGAAGGUAUUACCAUGGGCAUACGCACUCAUCCGUUCUCACUCUGCGUCGCAGAAGCGUCGGCCCACUUCAGCUGUCAGCACAUUAG